AUGGCGGACGACGACGUCGUCGUCGCGCUCGCGCUCGCGCUCGCCAUGGGCGAUCCCAGGGCGGUGGUGCGUCGCGUCGAGGCGAAUGUGAUGGAUGUCGGGCGAGACGAUCGCGACGCCGUUCGCGCGCGCGCGGGACGCGACGACGAAGGCGACGACGACGGGGACGACGACGAUAGCGACGGCGACGGCGACGGCGACGCGCGGGCGCGCGCGCGCGCGCAGGCGUCGUUGGCGAUGAUUCUGCGCGCGUCGGCGAAACUGUCGCCGGCGUACGCGGCGCGGUGCGCGCGACGCGCGAUCGAGCGCGCGUCCGUCGUCGGUGGGUGCGUUCGCGAUGACAUCGCGGCGUACGCCGUGGGAUGGUCGGGGAAGACGUGGGAGACGGUGGACGCGGCGGUGGACGCGGACGCGGAUGGAUUCGGAUUCGCGCGGAGCGAACGCGACGGGUGGCGAAAUCGCGCGUACCUGUACGCACCGGUGCGAGGAAGCGCGCGCGCGCGCGCGAUUGAGAACAGAGAGGGUAACGCUUUGACGUCGCUGGGAACGCGGGCGUGCGAUGCGAUUUUCGCGAGGACGCAGAGCGACGCGCUCGCGGGAUCGACGGGGGCGUUCGCGUGGCCGGCGGGACUCGUCGCGUGUGAACUCAUCGCGUCAAAGAUCGGUGACGAAUUGGUUCGAAAUCGACGCGUCGUCGAGCUCGGAAGUGGGACCGGGGUGACGGCGACCGUGCUCGCUCGCGCGUCGCCGAAAGCGCUGACGCUCACCGAUCGAGACGCGACGACGCUAGAGAAUUUGGCGGCAAAUCUUCGUUUGAACGCCGCGAUCGAUCGAGGCGCGAACAACGUCACCGUCGCUGCCAUGGACGUCACGUUCGACGCGCUCGAUGCGCCCGCGUCGAUGCGCGCUGGAACGUGUUCGGUUCGCGAGUUGGAUUGGGAGCGCGCUUCGACGUCCUCCAUGUUCGCCCUUGACGCCGAGUUCGUGCUCGCUGCCGAUUGCUCGUACGAUCCGACGCUCAUUCCAGGUUUAGUUCGAGCCCUGCGAGCGCUCUUAAAGGUACCGAGCUCCGAUGCGUCCGCGCAGCCGACCAAGUUGAUGACGCUCGACGCGGCCGCCGCCGAGGCGCGUCUAUCCGGAGCGUGCGCGAAAACGCCGUGCGCUCUCAUCCUGAGCGCGGUGCGUCAAGAGACCACGAUGGACGUCCUUAUCGAUGCUCUGGAACGAGCUCGGUUACAUCCGGUGGACGUCACGAGCGUGCUAGACGCGAAACACCUUUCCAAAUUUCUCUUUCGACCGGGAUGGGCGCACGCGCGAGACGAGUUCCGCGCCUUCGCGUGCACCCCCGUCGAGCAGUCGUGA